GACACGUCCCUCUCCCUGGACCCGGCUCUCGUGGAACGCCUGGGGGCGACUGCGGAAGAAAAAAAACAUGGGGUGAUGGGGUGAUGAGGGGAGAAUCUGGAGAGUCUCACGCGGGCCAUGUGUAUAUAAAGCCGUGGGUUCGUCCCGAACGGGCAUUGAGUUGCGCCUCGGUCCCCGGUUGAAGCUGCAGCUCAAGAGGCAUUGCGUCUUAUGCUCCUUUGACGGACGAGACACGACGAGUUACUUACGAUGGCAUCGCCCACGCAACACUCCUCGGCAGAUGUCGAGGGGGCCACCGCCGGUGUGCCCAUGGAGUCGGCCCAGAGGCUGCUGUCGGAGAAGAAGACGCUGUGGCAGUCGAUCCGCGCCAACCCCAAGGUCAUCUUCAUCGCCUUUUUCGCGUCGUACGUUUUCCAAUUCGCGUCUUGCUUGCUGCUGCUGCUGUUGAAUGCUCUCGACCGCCGGCUGACCCGGUAAACAAACACUUACCAGACUCGGUGGCUUCGAGUAUGGCUACCAGCAGGGCGUCCUGGGCCAGUCCCUGGUCAUGACGCGCUUCAUCCACAACUUCCCCUCGGUCGUGCAGUCCUCGUCGGCGACGGGCUGGCUCACGUCCAUCCUGCAGCUGGGCGGCAUCGUCGGGUCCCUGUCGGCCGGCGUGCUCAGCGAGAUCAUCUCCCGCAAGUACACCAUGUUCAUCGCCUGCUGCUGGGUCAUCCUGGGCAGCUACCUGUACGUGGGCGCGCGCGAGGGCAUGCCGGCGCUGCUCUACGCGGGCCGUUUCUUCACGGGCCUCGGCGUCGGGCUCUUCAGCGGCGUCGGCCCGCUGUACAACGCGGAGCUGUCGUCGCCCGAGAUGCGCGGCCUGCUCGUGUCCUUUUACCAGUUCGCCACCAUCCUGGGCAUCAUGCUGUCGUUCUGGGUCGGCUACGGCAGCAACUACAUUGGCGGCACGGGCGACACGCAGUCGGACCUGGCGUGGCGGCUGCCGUCCAUCAUCCAGGGGAUCCCCGCCGUGGCGCUGGCCGUGGGCAUCUGGUUCAUGCCCUUUUCGCCGCGCUGGCUCGUCAAGGUCGGGCGCGACGACGAGGCCCGCCGCACCCUGGCCUGGAUGCGCAAGCUGCCGCAGGACGACGACCGCAUCCAGGUCGAGUACCUCGAGAUCAAGGCCGAGGCCGAGUUCGAGAAGAAGGCCUUUGCGCGCGAGUUCCCGCGCAUGGCCGAGGAGGGCAGCAAGAGCGCGCUGCGCGAGCAGAUGGCGCAGUUUGUCAACUGCUUCCGCACCAGGGACAAUGUGAAGCGCAUCGCCGUCGCGUGGUUGGUCAUGUUUUGGCAGCAGUGGAGCGGCAUCGAUGCCAUCAUCUACUACGCCACCAACAUUUUCCAGAGCCUGGGCCUGACGGGAGGCACGAUUGCGCUGCUGGCGACGGGGGUGACCGGUGUCGUCUUUCUCUUCAGCACGAUUCCUGCCAUGUUGAUUAUUGACCGCGUCGGCCGCAAGCCCAUGCUGCUCGUCGGCUCCGUCGUCAUGGGCAUCAGCAUGGUCAUUGUGGGCAUCAUCGUCGCCAAGUUUCGUCACGACUGGCCGUCGCACGUGGGCGCGGGCUGGGUAGCCGUCGCUCUCAUCUGGGUGUACAUUGCCGGCUUCGGCGCGACAUGGGGCCCCGUCUCGUGGACGCUCAUCUCGGAAAUCUUCCCGCUGUCGAUCCGGGCCAAGGGGGCGGCCAUCGGGGCGUCGAGCAACUGGCUCAACAACUUUGCCAUUGCCUUCUUCGUGCCGCCGAUGCUCGAGGCAUGGGCGUGGGGCACCUACAUCUUCUUCGCCGUGUUCCUGACGGCGGGCAUCUUCUGGGUGUGGUUCUUCCUGCCCGAGACCAAGAACGCGACGCUCGAGGAGAUGGACCGCGUCUUUGGCAGCCACAUGGGCGAGCGGGAUGCGCAGCUGCUGUACGAGUCGCAGCAGGAGGUGGGCCUCAUUGCGCUGCUGGAACGGCGCGAGGCGGGGGGGAGCGAAAAGGCGGGCGUGGAGAAGCACAUUGAGGGUAUUUAGGGAGGGAGGGCAACUCGUGGCUGUAUUAUGAUGUGAUGUUAUUAUCCCCAAAUCGUGUAAGUGGCGGCCCGGUGCGGUGUGUUCACUGUUGACCGUGGUGGGAACAAGCGACGCGUCGAAUUCGGAAACUCGAAACUCGGGACUGGACGUAAACGAGCAAUGAGUUCAUG